AUGUCUUCUUCACCAUUGAGAGCUUCAAUUAUAGUAAGUGCUAUAGUAUUCACAGCUAUUGGAAUGGGUCUUUCAAUUGCUGGAUUAUUAAGUCCUUCCUGGCAGGUAGUUAAUUUGCAAGAAUAUAAUUCUGUCCACGAACACGGACUUUGGCUUGACUGUAUUAGACAUAUGAGGGAUGUUACUGGAGUAUUGUUAAGGAGGUAUUCUGGGACUUUUGAUAUUGAAGAUGAUAAUUCUCCUGUUGGGGAAGUUAAUAGACAUAAAUUUUAUGGAUGGCAUACAGCAACCCUUAUAAUGAUUAUAAUAGCCUUGAUCACAGGCUUUUGUUCAAUUUGUAUAGGUGCUUGUAGUUGUGCUAUUCCGUCAUUAACUUUGAUUUUUACGACUACAAUUUUAUUAACUAGUAUGAUCUUUUAA